UCGUUGGCGAGAGGGGGAGAGAGAGAGAGAGAUCUUGAAUUGGUAGGGCUGACGAAACGACACCGAAUGGGCAUCGUCUUCGACGCCCACCAUUGCUGUUUCAAAAAUUGGAAUUUGUUUUUGUGCGUCUCCGGUCUUCCUUUUUCACCUUCGUCAUCAAGUCUUCUUCCUUUCCCCUUUGCUUUCUCGGAUCGUAUUGUAUAAAUAAAUUCGUAGGGCUGCGGUCUCUAGACCCCCUCGCCUCCUCUCCCUUCCCUUCCACGCUCAUCUGAGGUAUUGGGAGUUAGGGUUACCGGGGAAGAGGCGGAGGAGGAGGAGGAGGAGUCAUGGAUCUGGAGAAGAAACCCGUCGUAUCUGAUUUCGGCGCCUGGGCGAUGAACGUAAUCAGCUCCGUCGGCAUCAUUAUGGCCAACAAGCAGCUCAUGUCGCCCAACGGCUACGCUUUCUGCUUCGCAACCACCCUGACGGGUUUUCAUUUUUGUGUCACUGCUCUUGUUGGUUGGAUCUCAAACGCUGCUGGUCUCUCCGUGUCCAAGUAUGUUCCGUUCUGGGAGCUCUUUUGGUUCUCCAUUGUUGCAAAUCUGUCAAUUACUGGAAUGAAUCUUAGUCUCAUGCUGAACUCGGUUGGAUUCUAUCAGAUUUCAAAACUGAGCAUAAUACCUGUGGUUUGCUUUAUGGAAUUUCUAUUGCACAAUAAACACUACUCAUCUCGGGUGAUACUAGCCGUAGCUGUUGUGGCUGUGGGAGUAGGUGUUUGCACAGUGACAGAUGUGGAUAUUAAUGCCAAGGGUCUGCUAAGUGCAUGCGUAGCUGUUUUGUGUACGUCACUGCAGCAGAUUACAAUUGGAUCUUUCCAAAAAAAAUACAAUAUUGGUUCCUUCGAGCUUCUAAGCAAGACAGCACCAGUUCAGGCAAUCUCUCUUGUAGUGGUCGGUCCAUUUGCAGACUACUACCUCAAUCACCGCUCACUUAGGGAAUACCAUUAUUCUCCAGGAGCAAUUUUUUUCAUUCUUCUCUCUUGUUCCCUGGCCGUCUUCUGCAACAUGAGUCAAUAUCUUUGCAUUGGCAGAUUCUCUGCAACAUCCUUCCAAGUUUUGGGGCAUAUGAAAACUGUCUGCGUGCUAAUACUGGGAUGGAUACUUUUUGAUUCUGCCCUCACUUUAAAGAACAUACUAGGAAUGCUACUCGCUGUGCUUGGCAUGGUGGUCUACAGCUGGGCCGUUGAGUCUGAAAAACAGGCUAAGUUACCAACAUAUAAAAACGCUGAUAGCAAAUCAGAAGGGGAAGAUGUGAUGCUCCUGAAGGAGAAAGUAAAUGGACUCCCCGAAUCUAACAUUGAAUUUGGGCAGACAAAGAGCUGAUUAGUUUUCUCUGCCAUUCUCAUUUCUAGUUUUUUUUUUUUGGUUAUUGAAUAUCUACUAUCUUGUUCGUUCCUCUACGCUGAUAGCUUUGUACUCAAAUGAAUUAAAAAAAAACACAAACAGUUUUUACACUUUUUCGUGGAUGUUAUAUCGAUUAAAAAUGGUGCCAAAGGUAAUGAAUAACUCAUUUUUCAUCGUUAA